AGUACUAGCCCUCACUUACUCAGGUACUUUGUACGGUACUCUUGAGAAGCUACGCUUCUGAGAUGCAGUUUCGGAGGCUAAGGACAGCCGCACACAGUGACGCGUGGUUAGUGGAUUGAUUGGUCUUUGUAAUUGUUUUGAUCCCCAUUAUGUAGCCUUGUUGCACCCGUUGGAUCUCACACUAUAGCUUUGUUAAGUUCUUGUCAUUACCUUAUUUCUGACGGCCUCCAGACCGUCCAGCUGGCCGCAAACUCGCACCCCGCUUAGAUGCAGACGGACGUGAAGUCUCUCAGCGUCAGCCCUCGAUGGAGGCACAAGCCCUGGUGAGAACGGCUCGGUAGAAGGCAACAACAGCCUCGAAGGCCCUAGCGGAGCGUUGAGGUCUGACUGCGGCAUUAGGAACAUGAGCGCCGGGCCGGGAGGACGCAGGGAGAAGAGGCACUGAAGCAUGCCAUCGCCGCUGCCGAGCUGUACAUGCAAGCGGCCAGCAAUGCCAAGACGCCGCAAGAUCGUAAGCGCCUGAGGCGAAAGUGCGCCGAGCUUAUCGGGCUCGGAGAGCGUCUUAAGGCAAACAACACCAGGGCCUCAGACGCCGCCUCGCGGCCGCCCGCGCCCGAGUCCACUCGACCACUGACCACGGCCGAGAAGACUAUCAUCCUGAAAGCUUCGCGCCUGCAUGGAACCGUCUUUCCUCCCUGGCAAUCCGCCCCUGACCCGAGCAGCUUCUGGGGCGCCAGCAGCUCAGGAGCGCCUUAUAUUGAUCCGUACCCUUUCACUUUCUCGGCGGAGCAGCAGGCUAUCUUUGCUGGUUGGCGGCGGCCCGCCGACGUGACAGCCGGGGCCAAGGAUGGCGGUGACGAAGGCGGCCUUGAGCAGCUCAUGUCUGCCGAGGGAGGAAUGGACCUGGCGCAGGACCUGGCGACCGAUUGCUCCGUUGUAGCCAGCCUAUGUGCCGCCGCUCGCCACUUCGGCCCUACCAAAGACUCGCUGCUUGCGUCACUCAUAUUUCCCUUCGACACCAAGGCGAUGCGUCCGGAGCUCUCGAAGAGCGGCAAGUAUGUCUUCCGCAUGUACUUCAACGGGAGUUGGCGCCAAGUCACCAUCGAUGACCGCCUGCCCGCUUCGAAAUCUGAGCGCAGCCUGUACGUUGUUGAUCGGCUCAAUCCCCGGCUGAUCUGGCCGGCGUUGGUUGAAAAGGCGUAUCUCAAGAUUCGCGGCGGCUACGAUUUCCCCGGCAGCAACUCGGCCACGGAUCUGCACGCUCUAACAGGCUGGAUCCCCGAGCAGAUCUUCUUGCAGAGCGACGAUUUCGAACUAGACGAGACAUGGGACAGGAUCAAGAGAGCAUAUGAUGAGGGCAAUGCGAUACUGACGUUGGGAACCGGGAAUAUCCUGCCCGAGGAGGAAAAGGUGUUCGGCCUGGUGCGGGAGCACGACUAUGCAGUCAUCGACCUGAAAAGAGAGGAUGGCUCUCGUCUGCUUCUGAUCAAGAACCCGUGGGUCGACAGCCUGGUGUGGACCGGGGCCGGGUCUUCGGCAACGCUGAAGGCGCACACAGUGGGAUCAACGCCCGAGCGCUCGUCGAACCAGUUCUGGAUGGCCUUCGAGGAUGUCCUCCAACACUUCGACUCUCUCUACGUCAACUGGAAUCCGGCGCUGUUCGCGUACCGCCAGGACCACCACUUCAAGUGGGAGAUGCCGGACAAGACCGAGGAGCUCGUCUUCACAAGCAAUCCGCAGUUCAGCGUGCUGUCCCCCUCGGGCAGUGCCGUCUGGGUCCUGCUCAGCCGCCACUGGCAAGAUGGCGAGCUUGAAAUCCUGCGCCAGCGCAAGGCCGAGAAAGACCGCGGCGAUGCUCCUCCCCUUGCUGCCGUUUCCAAACAACUAGGCUUCAUGGCCCUGGCCCUGUACGCAGCUUCGCCCCCCGGGACGCGCGUUUCCUUGCCGGAUACCCACGCCCGCCUGCACCAAUGCCCAUACGUCGACAGCCCCAACACCCUCCUGCGCUAUGACCCGGCCCCCGGCGUUGCCCAGACUCUCGUCGUCACCCAGACCGAGCUUCCCUUACCCGCCUACUCCUUCACGCUCUCGUUCUUCUCCAACGAUCCAUUAACCAUCCAUCCCGCCCCCUCCCCGCUCCCGCACGACAUCUCCGUCACCGGCGCCUGGGCCCGGCGCACAGCAGGCGGCAGCGCCGCCCACCCCAGCUACUUCACCAACCCGCAAUACGCCCUCGUCCUGCCGCAGGCCAGCCCGCUCACCUGCGUGCUGAGCACCUCGGCCCGCGACCUCCCCGUGCACGUCGCAGUCCUCUUCGCUCCGGGCGGCAGCACCCCUCCUCCCAAUGCCAAUCCCAAUGCCCACCACCACUACAACACUAACAACAACAACAACAACAACAACAACAACAACAACAAUAACAACAACCCCCCUCAACGCGUAACCGCCAUCUCAGGCCGAGACAUCUUGUGUUCCAGCACCGAGUACCACCGCGGCUGCACCUCGGCCUCCGCGCCGCUUCUCGACGCCGGCACUUACAUCGUGCUCGUCAGCACCUACGAACCGGGCCACACCGCCGACUUCACCCUGCGCCUAUCCUCCUCCUGCCCGCUGACGACCAUCAGACCCCUCCCGGCCUCGGACGCCGCGGGCAGGCUGCGCACCCCGGUCCCCGGCCCCGUCCCGGGGAGCUUCUUCUUCGCGGCGGGCCAGUCGCGCAUCCGCGCGCGAGUUAUCGUCGCCCGGCUGACACGGCUCAGCGCCCUCGCGCGGCGGUCGACUGCGGCGGCGGCGGCGCUGCGCGUCGCGCUGGAGCGGGGCACGGGUCCGCAUCGGACCGUGCUGGCUGUGUCCGGUGAGGGCGAGUUCGCCGACGCGUCGAUGGGGCUGCGGACCGGGGAGGUGGAUGUCGAGCCGGAGGCGAUGGGCGCUACUACUACUACUACUACUACUACUACUACUACUACUACUACUACUACUACUACUACUUCGGGAGGGUUAUGGCUUGUGCUUGAACAGAUUGGAGGUGCCGGGGACGGCGCGUAUAGUGGCAGUGGUGGUGGUGGUGGUGAUGGUGGUUUGCAGGUUGAGGUGCUGAGUGAUGUGGCGGUGCAUCUGGGUCAAUGGGAAGAUGCCGAUGAGGAAUGAGAUUACCGGAGUAAGGUACCUUGAUUCAAGUUUAGAGCGAACUGGUCAAAGACUGCUGGUGUAAAAUCACCUAACGGACGAGGCAGGGGCUAUACAGUGUGGCAUCUAGUAUUUCCGCUCAACUCCUUUUCGCCUAUGGGUAACAUUACAUUGCGUGGGAUAGUAGCUGGAGAUGAUGACAAGUUCCGCAUCUGUAACGUGAAACCUAGUCGUAUCGAUGUCUGUUUCUCUGCUUCUCCAGGUAAGCAUAACUAGAUAAUACAGCAAGCGCUAUAGCUGUCUCUUUUUUUUAGCAACCAUUGCGCACUCAU